GCCGAGACAAAUUGGAUCCGGCCAGCAAGAUACAGUCAUCGCAUAUACUAAAAUAACAGGGGCCCCCCUCUCGUUCGCACGUAUCUCAUCCUCCGUCCCUGCGGCCCGCAACAGGUAGUGUCGCACGCCACGCCCACGUCACGCGACCGCCCCUCCCGCCCGAUCGCAACACCCCUUUUGCUGCUCAGCGCUGCAGUUGCACAUAUCUCGUCGCACGCCAUCUCCUCGCUGCAGACCCGCAGACUUGUCUUGAUUCCGUGACGCUAUCGCUCUCUCAAAAGAAGGAUCGAGAACCGUGAACUGCCUUCGCAAUCAAGGAGCUGCUGUGUUGGCACGUGCGAGAAUCGCGAACCAACUACGACAGCGACAAAAAGGAAAACAGCAGCGGCCUCGCUCUCCGUGUCUCGUGCUCUCCACACUCGUGACAUCGCCAGGGACGUUUGAAAGAGAGAGAGCCUAAGAGAAACAGGGAUCAGCGAUAAACAUGACGGAACCAAGGAGGAGAAAGAUCGCCGUCUUGGGCUCGCGAUCAGUCGGCAAAUCCUCUCUCGUCGUGCGCUACGUCGAGGAUGCGUUCGUCGACUCGUACUACCCGACUAUCGAGAACAUAUUCAACAAGAAGAUCCGCUACAAGGGCCAGGAUUUCGACUGCGAUAUCAUCGACACUGCAGGGCAGGACGAAUACUCGAUCCUCAACUCGAAGCAUGCGAUCGGGAUCCACGGGUACGUGCUCGUGUACAGCAUCGCAUCGCGCAACUCGUUCGACAUGAUCCAGACAGUGUACGACAAGAUCCUCAAUUACACGGGCACCGAGAGCGUACCGUGCGUUAUCGUAGGGCAAAAGAGCGACUUGCACGUCCAGAGACAAGUGUCAGAGGACGAAGGCAAGGACUUGGCGCAGCAGCUCAAGUCAGCAUGGGUUGAAGUAUCAGCGCGGCAUAAUGCCAACGUCGUCAAGGUGUUCGAGUUGAUGCUGCAGGAGACCGAGCGCGAGACGCAGGAGACGGGCAAGGAGCCUGAGCCGUCCAAGUGCUGCGUCAUGUGAUGUGGUGUCCUGUGAUGUGAUGCCACGGCAGCAGAGGGCACUUCUCCACUUGUUCCCCCUCCCAGCGUAACACCCGCCCGCCUGCCACACCUGCGAUCGACUCGCUGUCGUCGUCGCCUCUUUGUGCGCUUGCACCGACCUCCACCAGAUUCCUGUACAUCCCUUCGGGCACGUUUGACUUCGUAUGGUGAUCCAUGUGGCCCGAGCCCGGGCACCACGCUAUUUCGCAUCGAUUCUCGAUGUUUGGCUUGUUCUCGCAGCUACCUUUUGUUUCUAUCUCUUAUCGGCUAGACUAGAUCCUGUUUCCCCUACCUCCGCCCAGCCCAAGCUAGCUCACUGAAGAGCAGCCACAUGUAUUGCACUCCCUGUGGGAUGCACGGGUGCGGAGGGUAGGCGCCGGCACAGGUGUGGGCGGGGGCAAGUGUAAUUUCUUUCCCAACCUCGUGCUUGUACCCGAUGAAUCCA